AUGCUGGUGCAGGCCACCAGUGGGAUCAACGGCGCUGAGACAAUGACUCAGAAGGCCAACAAGGUGGAGGACACCGUGGAUCUCUUCACCUCCGACACGCUUAAGGGUGGAGCCAAGAAGCCAGAGCUUGUCAAGGUGCUGUGUGGCAACAGCGGCCCUGAUGUCGACUGGCUAGUCGACAAGUUCGAUCUGGACAUGUCUCUGCUGGCCCGCCUUGGUGGUCACUCAGCGCCGCGCACCCACCGCGGCAAGGAGCGCUUCCCAGGCAUGACCAUCACCUAUGCGCUCAUCCAGAUGGUGGAGAAGAUCUCUGAGCGCAGCGAUCUUGCCCGGAUCAUCAACAAGGCCAAGGUGAAGACGCUGCUGAUGAACAGCGGGGCCGUGACUGGCGUGGUCUACGAGAAGCGAGGCAAGGACUUCACGGAGGAGGGCCCCGUGAUUCUUGCCACGGGCGGCUUCGGCGCAGACUUCACGGAGGAUUCCCUCUUGGCCAAGUACCGCCCAGACCUCCUGCACCUGCCCACCACCAACGGGGACCACACCACCGGUGAUGGCAUCAAGAUGGGCGAGGCCAUUGGCGCGCGCUCCAUCGAUCUUGAGUGGGUCCAGGUCCACCCCACCGGCCUGGUGGAGCCUGAGGAUCCGGAGGCCAAGAUUAAGUUCCUGGCGGCUGAGGCCCUUCGCGGCGUCGGUGGCCUGGUCAUCAACGCUGCUGGUGAGCGAUUCUGCAACGAGCUGGGCCGCCGCGACUACGUCACUGGUGAGAUGUGGAAGUCGAAGCCGCCAUACCGCCUGAUCCUGAACAAGGCUGCCUCGGACGAGAUCAUGUGGCACUGCAAGCACUACACCGGCCGCGGAGUCAUGAAGUUCUACAACACCGGCGAGGAGCUGUGCAAGGACAUGGGCGUCGCGCUCUCCACGUUGGAGGCCACUCAUCAGCAGCACUUCGAGGCGGCCAAGAAGCAGGAGAAGGAUCCAGAGGGCGGCCCCUUCACGGCCUACCCCAGCGGAAAGACCUGGGACGAGCCCAGCGGCAAGACCGGCGUUGGCAAGAAGUUCUUCCACAACAUCAUUGAUGGCUCCAAGGUCAAGAGCGAGCCCUUCUACGUAGCCAUCAUCACUCCUGUGAUCCACUACUGCAUGGGUGGCUUGGAGAUCGACGUGGACUCUGCCUGCGUAGACAAGUCUGGCAAGGCCAUCCCAGGCCUUUAUGCAGCGGGCGAGGUGGCCGGUGGUGUGCACGGCAACAACCGCCUCGGCGGCAACUCCCUGCUGGACUGCGUGGUCUUCGGCCGUGUGGCCGGCAAGGCCUGUGCCAAGUACAUGCUCGGCGACAAGACCAAGAGCAUG